CUUGUUAUUACUCAGUUUCUUGAUCUUUGAGCUUACACCGUAGUCUUGCAUUCUCCUCUCCUGCACUCAAGCCCAAAGCCAUCGCCAUCACAAAUCUCACCACCCUCCUCCGUAUCUCUACCUGUGUGGUUGAUCAAAACCUCCGCCAGAAUGGAACGAGAGACAAAGUCAAUACUCGUCUUCGGCGCCUCAAGUCCAACGGGACAAUUGAUCGUGGAGGAAGCGCUCACUAACAAUUGGAAUGUCAAAAUCUACGGCCGCCGUACACUCCCAAAGCACGCAGAGAACCCUGCAAUCACAACUGUAGAGGGCACACUAGAAGACGUGGAAAAACUCCGUCAGGUGAUCAGAGGUACAACCGUGAUCGUCUCCGUCCUCGGGCCGUCGGGGACGAAGAUCAAGAACACGCCAUUUCCCAGUUUCUACAAGCGCGUUUUCGAGCUGAUGCGCGAAGAGAAGGUCAAGCGGAUUAUUGCGCUAAGCACAUUCAGCGUGUCGCAUCCCAAUGACAGGUUCAGCCUCGUAUGUCGGUUAUUGGUAGGCAUGCUCUGGUUAUUCGGGAACAGCGCGUGGAAGAAUCUUGUUGAGGUGGGGAAGACGUUUGAUGAGCAUGCGGGUGGUUUGGAGUGGACGUUAUUCCGUGUCGGCUUUUUGAAGGAUCAGGGACCGGCGAAGAUUGUGCAGGGGUAUGUCGGUGAUGGGAAGCUGGGGAUGGGGGUGAACCGGGUGGAUGUGGCGCGGUGGGUGGUUGGGCAGGCGAGUAGAGACAAGACGGAGAAUGUGGGUGAUAAGCCUGGGAUUUCUUCUGCGUGAUAUGGUGUAGUUUAGUGUAAAUGACUAUUGAUAAGGGUUUCUGUGGACAUAUCAAAAGUGUUCUCAAGAUUAGGACGGUAUAGUAAUUUGUCGAACAUCAUGGCC